AUGGCGAGCGCCUCGUACCACAUCUCCAACCUGCUGGAGAAGAUGACGUCCAGCGAUAAGGACUUCAGGUUCAUGGCAACAAAUGACUUGAUGACGGAACUUCAGAAGGACUCUAUUAAGUUGGAUGAUGAUAGUGAAAGGAAAGUGGUAAAGAUGAUUUUAAAACUCUUAGAAGACAAGAAUGGGGAAGUUCAAAAUUUAGCUGUGAAAUGCCUUGGUCCUCUAGUAAGUAAAGUAAAGGAGUAUCAAGUUGAGACCAUUGUCGACACACUCUGUACAAAUAUGUUGUCUGACAAGGAGCAGCUACGUGAUAUAUCUAGCAUUGGGUUGAAGACUGUAAUUGGAGAGCUUCCCCCUGCAUCCAGUGGAUCUGCUUUGGCAGCAAAUGUUUGCAAAAAAAUUACAGGUCGUUUGACAAGUGCUAUUGCAAAACAGGAGGAUGUUUCUGUCCAAUUGGAAGCCCUGGACAUCAUGGCUGAUAUGCUCAGCAGGCAAGGUGGAUUGCUUGUUAAUUUCCACCCAUCAAUUUUGAGUUGUUUACUUCCACAGUUAACGAGCCCAAGGCUUGCUGUAAGAAAAAGAACCAUUAUUGCUCUCGGACAUCUGGUUAUGAGUUGUGGCAACAUUGUGUUCAUUGAUCUAAUUGAACACCUAUUGACAGAGCUUUCUAAAAAUGACUCCAUGUCUACCACCAGGACAUACAUACAAUGCAUUGCUGCUAUCAGUAGGCAAGCAGGCCACAGAAUUGGUGAAUAUUUGGAGAAGAUAAUUCCCCUUGUGGUAAAAUUUUGUAAUGUUGAUGAUGAUGAGCUCAGAGAGUAUUGCAUUCAAGCAUUUGAAUCUUUUGUAAGACGGUGUCCAAAGGAAGUGUAUCCACAUGUAUCAACCAUUAUUAACAUUUGUCUUAAAUAUUUAACUUAUGAUCCAAAUUAUAAUUAUGAUGAUGAGGAGGAUGAUGAAAAUGCUAUGGAUGCUGAUGGAGCAGAUGACGAUGAUCAAGGUAGUGAUGACGAGUACAGCGAUGAUGAUGAUAUGAGUUGGAAGGUUAGACGUGCAGCUGCCAAGUGCCUGGAUGCUGUGGUGAGCACUCGACAUGAGAUGCUGCCAGAAUUCUACAAGACUGUGUCUCCUGCACUAAUAGCUAGGUUCAAGGAACGGGAAGAGAAUGUGAAGGCCGAUGUGUUUCAUGCAUAUCUGUCUCUUCUGAAACAGACAAGACCUGUACAAAGCUGGCUUUGUGACCCAGAUGCAAUGGAGCAAGGGGAAACACCACUGACUAUGCUUCAGAGCCAGGUACCAAACAUUGUGAAAGCUCUUCAUAAGCAAAUGAAGGAGAAGAGUGUGAAGACUCGCCAGUGUUGUUUUAACAUGCUCACAGAAUUAGUCAAUGUGUUACCUGGUGCUUUAACACAACACAUUCCAGUUCUGGUGCCAGGAAUCAUAUUUUCAUUAAAUGACAAGUCAAGUUCUUCUAACCUGAAGAUAGACGCUUUAUCGUGUUUGUAUGUGAUUCUUUGCAAUCAUUCUCCUCAAGUCUUCCACUCACAUGUCCAGGUCUUGGUUUCACCUGUAGUAAUCUGUGUCGGGGAUCCAUUCUACAAAAUCACCUCUGAAGCUCUGCUGGUUACACAGCAGCUUGUGAAAGUCAUAAGACCUCUGGACCAGCCUUCUUCCUUUGAUGCAACACCAUACAUAAAAGACUUGUUUACAUGUACAAUCAAAAGGUUGAAAGCAGCAGAUAUCGAUCAAGAAGUUAAAGAGCGUGCAAUCUCCUGCAUGGGUCAGAUUAUCUGUAGUUUAGGUGAUAAUUUGGGAAAUGACCUUCCUAGUACGCUUCAAAUAUUCCUGGAAAGACUGAAAAAUGAGAUCACUCGUUUGACCACAGUAAAAGCUUUGACACUGAUAGCAGGCUCUCCUUUGAAAAUAGAUUUAAGGCCAAUCUUAGGUGAAGGAGUACCUAUCCUUGCCUCAUUUCUUCGGAAGAAUCAGCGAGCUUUAAAACUUGGGACACUAUCUGCUCUAGAUAUUCUAAUAAAAAAUUAUAGUGACAGCCUCACUGCAGCAAUGAUUGAUGCUGUACUGGAUGAGCUUCCACCUCUUAUUAGUGAAAGUGAUAUGCAUGUGUCUCAAAUGGCCAUUAGCUUCCUGACAACGUUGGCUAAAGUAUACCCAUCCUCUUUAUCAAAGAUCAGUGGAUCUAUCCUCAAUGAACUGAUUGGGUUGGUGCGGUCACCAUUGCUUCAAGGAGGAGCUCUUAGUGCAAUGUUAGAGUUUUUCCAAGCCUUAGUGGUGACUGGCACUGUGAGUCUGGGAUAUAUGGACUUGCUCCGUAUGUUGACGGGACCAGUUUAUGCACAGAGCACUGCCCUUACUCACAAACAGUCAUACUAUUCUAUUGCCAAAUGUGUGGCAGCACUUACUCGAGCAUGUCCCAAGGAAGGUCCAGCUGUGGUUGGUCAGUUUAUCCAGGAUGUUAAAAACUCAAGGUCCACAGACUCCAUUCGCCUCUUAGCUCUGCUAUCCCUAGGAGAGGUUGGCCAUCAUAUUGACCUCAGUGGACAGUUAGAGCUGAAAUCUGUUAUACUGGAAGCUUUCUCUUCUCCUAGUGAAGAAGUCAAAUCUGCAGCUUCAUAUGCCCUUGGAAGCAUCAGUGUAGGCAACCUUCCCGAAUAUUUGCCAUUUGUUUUGCAGGAGAUAACUAGUCAACCUAAGAGGCAGUACCUUCUGCUUCAUUCUCUCAAGGAGAUAAUAAGUUCUGCUUCUGUAGUUGGCCUUAAACCUUAUGUUGAGAAUAUAUGGGCUCUACUGCUUAAACACUCUGAAUGUGCUGAAGAAGGAACAAGAAAUGUAGUUGCAGAAUGUUUGGGAAAACUGACGCUGAUAGAUCCAGAGACUCUCCUGCCACGACUCAAAGGAUACUUAGCUGCUGGUUCAUCUUAUGCACGAAGCUCUGUAGUAACAGCUGUUAAAUUUACGAUAUCUGACCAUCCUCAGCCCAUUGAUCCUCUGUUAAAGAAUUGCAUUGGUGACUUCCUGAAAACACUGGAAGAUCCAGACCUAAACGUCAGACGAGUAGCCCUUGUGACAUUUAAUUCUGCUGCUCACAACAAGCCAUCACUGAUCAGAGACUUGCUUGAUUCUGUGCUUCCCCAUCUGUAUAAUGAAACGAAAGUUAGAAAGGAGCUAAUAAGAGAGGUGGAGAUGGGUCCUUUCAAGCACACAGUUGAUGAUGGUUUAGACAUCCGGAAAGCAGCCUUUGAGUGUAUGUACACUCUUCUUGACAGCUGUCUGGACAGAUUGGACAUCUUUGAGUUCUUAAACCAUGUUGAAGAUGGCCUCAAGGAUCAUUAUGACAUAAAGAUGCUGACAUUUUUAAUGUUGGUUAGGUUAUCCACACUGUGUCCAAGUGCUGUGCUACAAAGGCUGGAUAGAUUGGUAGAACCAUUACGUGCUACCUGUACAACUAAGGUAUGCAGCAUCAGUGUGAAACAAGAAUUUGAGAAGCAAGCUGAACUAAAACGCUCAGCAAUGAGAGCAGUGGCAGCACUUUUAACCAUUCCUGAAGCAGAGAAAAGCCCGUUGAUGAGUGAAUUCCAGUCCCAGAUCAGCUCCAAUCCUGAACUGGCAGCCAUAUUUGAAAGUAUUCAGAAAGAUACUUCCUCUGCUAACCUCGAAUCAAUGGACACAACUUAA